ACUAUUUACUAACCAAACGUAUUAUUUAGGAUAUUAAAACUGUAAAUGAUACAUCUUUAGUGAAUUGUGUGAUUUAAGAAUUAAAAAAAAUAUUAACUCAUAAAAAAAGGGCAUACCUAGUGCCACAACAGGGUGUUUAUACCUUUUAUUUAAAAUAAUACUUUCGGUCUGUUAUCAGAUCAUCUUUAUUGUAAUAAGUUAAGAUAAUACAUAAGUUAAGAUAAUACAUAAAGACUAGUAAACAAAGGGAUAAAAAUAUAAAUCGCAAUACAUUGCAUUAAUCGCAUUAAUUCUUAUCGCAAUGUAAUUUUCUCAUCGGACGCACAUCCUAUUUCUUCAAAGUAUAAAGGUCGAGAAAUAAACUGAAAUAAAUAACGGACACAAAUAACAAUAACAUGUCACAUAACAUGUCACAUGUCAAUGAACUAAUAACCUUAGUGAAAAUUUUACAACAUGACUUUCUAUAUAGAACACCAUAAUCAUCUCAUCACAAAACUUAUAUAUGCACGUAUUCAGAAAAAAAUUUACACGUUUAUUUCGAUGACAUAUUAUUAUUUGUGAAUCCGUAAUUUAUUUCAGUAUACUCCUCAAUUUUUAUAUAUUAAAGAAAUAGGAUGUACGUUCGAUUCGAAUUUUAUACAGUGAUAAGAACUAGUGCGAUUAAUGAGUUUAUUGCGAUUUACAUUUUUAUAUUUUUGUUUACCAGUCUUCGUGUUAUCUUAUCACAUUAAAAAUGAUAACAGACCAGAACAUUCGUUAAAAUGUUAUUUUAAUUAAAAGUUACGGCAGUCGGAACGAAUACGCUGUUGUUGAUUUAUUCCCUCCUUUUUAAGUGUUGAUUUAUAAUCAACUGAAUUUUUAGACAUUAAAAAAAGACAGCAGAAAAAAACAAAGUUUGCUUAAACUGGUUAAUUAUUUCGUCGGCCAAUAAUGAUCACCACAGUAUUGCUAUUACUUAUUCUUAUUUUGUUGAUAUCUAAUUAUUAUGUGCAUUAUCAUGGAAAAAAGGGCCGACUUAUCAAUCUUAUACCAGGACCAUCAGGUUAUCCGAUUGUUGGAAAUGCAUUUCAAUAUCUUGGUUCACGAGAAGAACAAUGGAAGUUACUGUGUACCAAAACUGACGAGUUUUAUCCCAUUAUAAAAAUAUGGUUAAUCUUUUUUCCUGCAAUAUCCGUCCGUCAUCCGAAUGAUUUAGAGACAAUAUUAAGCAGCACAAAACAUAUCGAAAAGACUCUUAUUUAUGAUAAUUUACAACCUUGGUUCGGUACAGGUCUUCUCACAAGUGGAGGCGCCAAGUGGCAUUCACGACGAAAGAUAUUAACCCCCACAUUUCAUUUUAAUAUAUUGCAGCAUUUUAUUCAGAUUUUGAUCGAGGAAGGUGAAAACAUGACCAAAUCCUUGAAAAAUGCAGGAGGCACAGUUAUGAAAGAUUUAGUACCAUUUUUUAGUGAGCAUACGCUGAAUGCAAUAUGUGAAACUGCCAUGGGCACUUCUCUACGAGGCCUUGGUGAUUUUCAGCAGCAGUAUCGAGAAGCCGUUCAUCGAAUGGGCGAACUUCUUGUUUAUAGAGUAAUGAGGCAAUGGCUGCACAUCGAUUGGAUAUUCUCGUUGACGUCUAAAGGUCGAGAACAAAAGAAGGUGCUGAAGAUAUUACAUGGAUUUACUAAACAAAUAAUUGCUGAAAGAAAACUUUAUCAUGAUCGCACUAAUGGUCAAUACUUGAAAAGCUUUUAUAAUGACACGUCGGCAAACAGAGAUGACGCAGAACUGGUAGGAAUACGAAGAAAACGACUUGCAAUGUUGGAUCUUCUAAUAGCAGCAUCUCGUGAUGGCCUUAUGACUGAUUCGGAUAUUCAAGAAGAAGUUGAUACUUUUAUGUUUGAGGGUCAUGAUACUACAGCAAUGGGUCUGUGCUUCAUUUUGGCACUAUUAGCUGAGCAUAAGAACAUUCAGGUAUCUAUCGUCAAAUGUAAAUCGGUAUUCCAAAUAAACAAAGAAAUUAAUUGAUCCCAAAAGUUAUUUAUUAACUUGUGUCUGUAUACGUGAGUCUACGGCGUCCGAGCUAAAAUGAUAUUUGCUUAUAACUAUAAAACUUGCGAGCCUUCCAGAAAAUAUUAAGUUAACAAUGUUUAUCGAAAUGAUAAUAAAAUCGUCAAUUACAAUGUAGACAGAUGUUUCAUAAAUUUUUUUAGAUUUUUUAAAAUAAUUUAAGGUAGAGAAAAAUAGCGUCAAACGCGUAAUAGACCCACGUAUACACUCUAAAAGUGCAAAAGAAAAUCGUAUACAAACGGAGAAUUAAAUAUGAAUCAAUAUCUAACUUUUUAAAUGUUUUUUUAAGUGUGUAUAUGUGUAAUGUACACAAUUUGCUUUUUUGUAGGUAUUAAUAGAUAUAUAGAAAAUAUGCGCGCGCGCAAAUGUGCAUGUAUACGCAUACACUUGAACCUAAAACACCACACUGGGUGUAUAUAGCACAUCCAUGUUUUAAAAAUGCUGGCUGUUUCUACAAUAUAAUGAUAGCUAGGGAAUAGAAGUGAUAAGUUAAAUAAACUUUUGUUCUCUUUCUACCAAUUCCCAUGCUGCGCAGCCUCAUCUACCGUUUACUAGACGUAUGGCUACAUCCAGGGUCAUGUUCCAAAACUCACUCUGAGUAACUAAAAUAAAAUCUAUAGUUUACGUCACGUACACCAUAGCAUUUUAGU